AUGGCUUUCUUUCUCAUCCAAGUCGUUUUUGUCUCUGGUGCUAUUAUCGCUUUUAUUCAAGCGAGAAACUGGUUGAGAUGGAGGGCUCUGAACAAAUGGGGCGAGCAGUAUGGUUGCGGAGCACUUCCUGUGGUGAAGAAUAAAUUGCCAGGAGGUAUAGAGAGAUAUGCUAUUCUGUUUACUGGUUUGAAAGGUAUGGACUUCCUUGAAGAUAUUAUACGGAAACGCUUUAUCUCUAUGGGUACGCACACAUACCGUCUUUUCUCCGCCUUCAAUAGCAGCAUCAUCAAUACAGCAGAGCCCGAGAAUAUUCAAGCCCUUCUUGGUACGCAAUUCCAUGACUUCGAUCUGGGGCCCUCCAGAAGGAGUAAUUUCCACGAUCUGCUUGGCAAUGGUAUCUUCACUGCAGAGGGUGAGGCCUGGUCUCACUUUCGCCGUCAGCUUAGACCCCAAUUCUCUCGUGAUCAAGUUAGCGAUAUGGAGGCUGCUGAUCGCCAUCUUGGGAUUCUGUUCAAAGCUCUUUCCGAGGAGAAUGCAUUGGGAUGGGUCGAAGGAGUCGAUCUCUUACCGCUCAUCUAUCGGUUCACCAUGGACGUUAGCAGCGAGUUUCUCUUUGGCGAAUCCGUCAACAGCCAAUCUACAGCUUUGCAUUCUCAAGAUUCAGGCAACAAGAAGGAUUCCCAGAAAGAGUUGGAUUUCUCCGAAGCUAUGAGCUAUGCUCAAGAGUUCAUAACGUGGCGAAUUCGCCUCGGGCGCUUGCAGUCCAUGUUUUCUUCUAGAAAAUUCAUGAAAGCAUGCAAGACAGUCAAGGAUUUCGCAGAUCACUUUGUCCGCAUUGCCCUGGAUCCAGAUCACAAACACCCCCCUACCUUGCCCGGCCAGAAACCCAAAUACGUUUUUCUGGAUGAGCUGGUAGCAGAGACGAGAGAUCCUAUCGAGCUACGAGACCAGGUCCUUCAUAUCAUGGUGGCUGGCAGAGAUACGACAUCCGCAUUACUCUGCUGGACAAUUCUACUCCUAGCCCGACAUCCAGCAGAGUUCCAGAAUCUUCACGAAGCCAUCGUCUCUCAGUUCGGGACAGAGAAAUCUCCGACCAACGAGUUGACAUUCGAGUCCCUGAAAGCCUGCAAAGAACUCAAAAACGUACUCUAUGAAACCAUGCGUCUAUACCCGCUCGUCCCCAUAAACGGACGGGAAGCUGUCAAAGAUACGACCCUACCUACUGGCGGCGGACCGGAUCAUAAACAACCUAUUGCUGUUAGGAAAGGCGAGCAAAUUGGAUAUUCCGCCUAUGUGAUGCACAGAAGAAAGGAUAUCUGGGGCCAAGACGCGGAUGGGUUCAGAUCAGCGAGAUGGGAAGGCAGGAAACUGGGAUGGGAGUUUAUUGGGUUUUCUGGGGGCCCGAGGAUAUGUAUUGGUCAACAAUAUGCGCUCACCGAGGCGAGUUUCGUGAUGGUCAAGAUGUUGCAGAGGUAUGAUAAUAUUGAGGCUUUGGAUAUGACUGGUAAGAUUCCCAAAGCGCUUACCUUGACCAUGUCACCGGGGAAUGGUGUGAAAGUUAGGAUGCAUAGAGCGGAUUCGUGA